AUGGACAGUCUCAAAGGCAAGGGACGUCUGAGCGACAACCCGCCUCCCUAUUCCCAAGACAAAGAGGAAAUCCCGACAUAUCAAGCACCCAGCACUGGCUUCCAAAACCCGCCUUCCGACUCAAAAACGCCUUUGAAUUCGCUGGCGAAGUUUCCUCCAUCUUUUCAAUGCUACCUUGACAGGCAGGAAGGCUUCUACUACCUCGGUCCCAUAUCAUCAGAAGAACGCCUCUUCGCAUUUUCCGCUAGCGCAAGACUCCAAACCACCAUGCAACCCCUCCAUCUCCACAACGGGCCGAGCGAGAGAGACCCCAUCAUCGUCAGGAUGACACAGAAGAAUCCCCGCUCGGUCAGCUUCGUAGCCACAAUCACCCUCCACGAUCCGUCGGACCCGCACACCGUUGUCGAGGAGAUUUCCUACGAAAAGCCAGCGAACUCGCGGUGCGGCUCGGUGUUUGCCUCAUGUCUUGCCUUCCGGAUCAAGGUUGGCAAAGAGUGCAGGGAAGAGGAGUUCCAGUGGAGGCGCUCGAGUGGGAACGAGGUCAAGGAGCUCGCGCGGCAUUCGAUCGGAGGCAAGUUGGUGAGGAUGUCCGGGCCCAGGGCUGGUGCUGGAGGCAGCAGAAAGGCGCGCGAGCAAGGCUUCUCGGGCGACGGGAAUGAAGUUGUUGCCGUCUUGGCACCAAGGUCGAAUAUCGGGAUUGCGAACGGACUGAAAUUCAAGUUUAUGGGGACAGGGUUGACGGGGGAUUUGGGGGAGAAAUGGGAGAGCGUAGCUGUCAUUACCGGGUUCUGGUUGUUCGGGAUUUCUCGCGCACGCGAGAAGGAUAGCGUGUGA